AUGACCCGCAAGAUUUCUUCCUCGGUGUGGGUCGAAGAACCUUUGGCCACUGUGUCGCGUUCCGUCAUUCAUUCGCUCAUCUAUUCUUGUCUCCCCGGCAUGACCGCGCGCACCAAUGCCGUCUUCCACCUCGUUGUCUCUAAGCUGCUAGGCCUGAGACACUUGGUCCUAGUCACGGGCUCGCGGUUCACCAACCGCCGCUUCGUCUUCACCUUAGCAGCGCUCGCCAUCCUCACCGCCAAACUCAUCCAUAUCUACUCCCACGCCAAGGCCCUCACGACACACGAUCUUGUGAAAUGGGGAUAUUCAUUCUUUACCCAGGAUGUACUCCUGCUGACGAUUAUCCGCUUCUUGCUCGACUCAAGGCACUUUCCGCCCGCCGGCUCGAGAUCCGUACGAACCAUAGCGUGCUUCAUCUCAUCCUUAUUCAUUGGCUUCGUCACCACUAUCAAUAUCAUCAACAUCUGCUUCUUCGCUUUUAAUGGAUCCGAGAUCCAUUGGCGAAAUGUCGGCGUCGCAGGCGAUGCCGCUGGCCGCGCUCUUGUACUUUCGGGACUCGUCUCCUCAUUGGUUGUCAUUGGCGUCCUCGCCCUCUUCUCUUGGUCCUUGCAGGACGUCGUGUUCGCCGCCGUGGGUUUUACUAUAGAUAUUAUCACCUGGAUUGUGGCAUAUGCCACACGUGGUCGGUUUUACGGAGUCCAAUUCCAGUCGCCCAACGACCAGUAUUAUCAAAUCGCACAGAGCGAUAUGGAAUCUGCCGCCAAGACCGUGGAGGGCCUAGAGCGGAAACCGAUCAAAUUAACGUGGAUCCAGCUUGUGUUGUAUAUCUUCAUUGCUGUGGCUCUACUCGCCCAAAUUAUCGAGUCCCUCGCUCGACCACACGACCGUUCAUUAACCUUUAUGUCGUGGACCCCGGCGCUUCUUCCCUUUGUCGACUUUGAGACAACGGCCCUGAACCUGGAAAACAUCUAUCCACACUAUAAUUCUGGCAUCAACCAUGAAUGGGAUAACCGAUCCGCACUGCGCAAGCCAAUCCCUCUCCCCUGGCUACCAGAUUACCCGUUAGGCGGAUUUGAGGACUGGUAUGAGGAUGGAUUGCACUAUGACGCGUUAGCAGACCCCUUCAAGAUCUCGAACAUGGAGGAGGCAUUGCUUCCUCAGCUGGGAGAUCUCAACGACAUGCCGAUCCGUCACGUCAUGAUCGUAGUGCUUGAAAGCACUAGGAAGGACGUCUUCCCUAUCAAAGACUCUGGUAUAAUCGCGAAACGCCUGAGAGAUUCCUGGGACGACAAUAAGCUGCCCGAGGAUGUAGCGGAGCGCCUCAAGACAUUAACCCCAGUUGCGAGAUUCCUCACUGGCGACUAUGACAACCACUUUGACCAUACCGCCGGGGAGGAGCAGAAGAAGCGGGGAGGCAUAAACUUCAACGACGCGUACACGGCCUCGACGCUCACAUUGAAGAGCCUCACGGCGUCGCUAUGCGGCGUCAGUCCCAUGGUCGCCGAUUUUAACGUCGAGUACAAACACCACGUCUACCAGCCUUGCCUUCCGCACAUAUUGGGUGCACUCAAUACGCUCGCGCGCAAAGACCAGGGCAGGUACGAGUUUGGCGGGUACAAGUGGGCGUCGACGUUCAUGCAGUCUGUGACGCUAUCGUACGACCACUUCGGCGCCCUCAUGGAAAAGAUAGGGUUCCCAAGUGAGGGGCUCAUCGACAAGGAAUAUCUGACCAAGAAGACGGCCAAGUUCGGCAAGGUUGACCUCCCAGACAUCAACUACUUCGGGUUCGAAGAGACACCACUCGAAGAUUAUAUCCGCGAUGAGUUCGAAAAGGCCAAGAAGAAUGAUGGUCGCGUGUUUCUGACCCAUAUUACGAGCACGACCCACCAUCCAUACAAUAUGCCCAAGAACGAAACGUACGUGCCGCUAGGCAAGGGCCUGAGCGAUUUAUCGCACUAUAUCAAUGCCGUUGGGUAUGACGAUCGCUGGCUCGGCAGGAUACUAGACACCCUGGACGAUCUGAAUGUGGCCAACGAGACCCUUCUGAUAUUCGUGGGAGACCACGGCUUGUCGAUCCCCGAGAACGAUAUCCUGGCCUCGUAUUAUAAUCCGCAUAUCGCCAACAACCAUGUCCCACUAGUCUUGUCCCAUCCCAAGCUGCCACCCAUUACCAUCGACGACGCCGUCUCGACGCAGCAGAUCCUCCCGACGAUCCUAGACCUUCUCAUCGAGACAGGCUCACUCUCCGAGUCUGCCGCCAACGCCGCAAGGGACCUCCUGGUCAACUACGAAGGACAGUCCCUCCUCCGUCCUGUGCGCAAGGCAUUGUCGAAGACCGGGAUCGAUGGGGAGGUGGCGAAUUGGCAGUUCACUAACAUCAACCCCGGAAGCACUAUGCUGGAUGUGCGUGACGCACGGUUCAAGUCCUGGCGGAUAGUGGUCCCUCUGGUAGGCAAUCAGGAGUGGCAAUUUCUCGACACGGAGCGACCAGAUGUUAAAGCCGUGGUGGGAUUCGAGUUUAGCGAAUUUCAGCAAAAUAUCGAGGAGUCAUAUGGGCAGGACCCGGCGCGGUGGGUUGAGGAGGCGGCGUUUGUAGCGCGGUGGUUUGUGAACGAAAACAGCAAGCGAUGGCGUUAUAGUCUUUAUGAACCUUGAAGUAUUGUAUAUAUAUAUAUAUGUGGGUGUGUGGUGGAUUGUACAGUCGCUUCAGAAAGCGGGAAAGUCAGUUUAUAUACUUUAGAAUGUCCGCGCAAGGCAUUACGUUGCUCAACUAUUGGAAAUCAGACUAGUUAGCCC